AUGUAUUUAUUUCCUUUCCUCUUCCUUUAAUUACUCCAAUUACCUCUCUGCAAAAUUCACAGAUCUUUGCUGCUCACUGGUUUCGCUCUUGCCUAGUCAAAUUCAGUUGUAGCUCAAAACCAAGGAGAAAGGAUGGCUGAGCAAUCUCCAAAACUGAACAGAAUAGGCCUUGCUGGCCUUGCUGUUAUGGGACAAAACUUGGCCCUCAACAUUGCUGAGAAAGGCUUUCCGAUUUCUGUCUACAAUCGGACUACAUCUAAAGUAGAUGAGACUACGGAGAGGGCGAAAGUGGAAGGAAAUCUCCCUGUGUUUGGCUUCCAUGAUCCGGAAUCAUUUGUCAAAUCGAUCCAAAAACCUCGUGUGAUCAUCAUGCUUGUCAAGGCCGGGGCUCCAGUUGAUCAAACCAUCAAGACGCUCUCCGCCUAUAUGGAGAAAGGGGAUUGCAUCAUUGAUGGUGGAAACGAGUGGUAUGAGAAUACUGAGAGGAGGGAGAAAGCUAUGGCCGAAUUAGGCCUUCUCUACCUUGGCAUGGGAGUUUCUGGUGGCGAAGAGGGUGCUCGGAACGGACCUUCAAUGAUGCCUGGAGGGUCGAUCGAAGCCUACAAAUACAUAGAGGACAUCGUUCUAAAGGUAGCAGCCCAAGUUCCCGACAGUGGUCCCUGUGUGACCUACAUCGGUAAAGGAGGAUCGGGAAACUUUGUCAAGAUGGUUCACAACGGAAUUGAAUAUGGUGACAUGCAGCUGAUUUCUGAGGCUUACGACGUGCUGAAAUCCGUUGGAAAGCUUUCAAACGAGGAGCUCAAAAACGUCUUCACGGAGUGGAACAAGGGCGAGCUUCAGAGCUUCUUGAUUGAGAUCACUGCCGACAUCUUUGGCAUCAAGGACGAUAAGGCAGAUGGUUACUUGGUCGACAAGGUGUUGGACAAGACAGGAAUGAAAGGCACUGGCAAAUGGACUGUUCAGCAAGCUGCAGAACUGUCGAUUGCAGCCCCCACGAUCGAAGCCUCUCUAGAUUCAAGAUUCAUGAGUGGUUUGAAGGAGGAGAGAACCGAAGCUGCCAAAGUUUUUAACUUCGGAGAGAUCAUAUCUCCCGAGAAGGUUGACAAGGAGAAGUUGAUCCACGAUGUUAGGCAAGCUCUAUACGCAUCCAAGAUAUGCAGCUACGCUCAGGGAAUGAAUCUCAUUCGUGCAAAGAGCAUCGAGAUGGGAUGGGGCUUGAAGCUGGGCGAGCUCGCUAGGAUCUGGAAGGGUGGAUGCAUCAUUCGCGCUAUCUUCUUGGAUCGCAUCAAACAGGCAUACGACAGGAAUGCUGAUCUCGCCAACCUACUCGUGGACCCUGAGUUCGCCAAGGAGAUCAUGGAGAGGCAGUCGGCCUGGAGAAGAGUCGUGACCCUUUCAAUCAACCACGGCAUCAGCACCCCCGGUAUGUCUGCUAGUCUUGCCUACUUCGACACUUACAGAAGGGCCAGACUUCCGGCUAAUCUGGUGCAGGCUCAACGUGACUAUUUUGGCGCACAUACGUACGAGAGGACGGAUAUCCCUGGAGCCUUCCAUACUGAAUGGUUCAAGCUUGCUAAGAAGAUCGAUAACUGAGGUUCGCCAUUUUACAUUUUCGAUGGAAUAAAGUCUCGGCGUAGCUCAUAAAUGACAUUUGGCAUUGGAUUCAAGAACAUUUGAAGCUUCUUUUUAUUUGAUAAACUCAAAAUUUAUGGUGCACAUUUGUGUUUUAUUAUUAUUUGUGUUUGGUUUUAGUAUUUUUGUGUUUCAGUUUGAUUUCUCUUAUAUACUUAAACAGCCUAAAUUGUUGAACAAUAAAUGAUUGAAAUGUUUGGCAUGA